AUGGCAUAUGGGCGGUUGGCCUGGACCGCCAACAAUGCGGUGCUCAACUCGACCUGUCGACUCUUCCACCUGAUCGCCAUCGUUCUCGUCUUCACCACCGCCGUCUUCGCGGCGGACGACUCCAUCCUCCCAUCCGCCCCCUCCGCUUCCUUCCCUCAGUGCGGGCUCUCCUGCCCGCAGCUCAAUGCAGCCGCCGACAGUUGUCUGGCCAGCCCGGAUCCCGCGCACUCGGUUCACGUCUCGUGCUUCUGCCAGUCGUCCCUGAUCGCCCAGCUUCACAAUGUUCCAGACGGGACCUGCGAUGAUACCUGUACGCAGGAAUCCGAUCGUGUCUUGUUGAAGACAUGGUACAACAACUAUUGCAGCUCGGGGGGCGCCGCCGAGACAACCACAACCGCCGCCGUCCAGCCUGCAGCAGCUACCACGGGCUCCUCCUCCACCGGCCAGAAAGCACAGCCUGACUCGCCAGCACCCAAGUCCUGGUGGGACGGUCACUACCAAUGGGUCAUCAUGGUUAUCGUCCUGAUCGUCGCAUUCAGCGUCAUUGCCGCCGUCGGAGUCUGGGUGAAGAAACGCCACGAUGCAAAACAUCCCAAUCUGUACCACGGCGUCGCCGGCAGUGGCAGUGGCAGCGGGACGGGAAGCGGGUUGUUCGCCAGUCGUGCGCAAGACCAGAGUCCAGCACCCAGCCAACCGGGCCACUUCUCGACGAAUGUCGGGGCCGCGCCGCCGUCACGGUAUAGCUCCGGCCAGAGCGAGUCAAUUGCCAGCAGUUCGCGCACGGACGUCGUGCCCUCCAAGGUCCGGUCGGGCAUGUCCUCAACGCGGUUGCAAAAGACACCAGAGUUGCCCAAUGAUGGCGACGUUGAGAUUCGGGAGGUACCCCGGUGA